UAUAAAUACAGCGCGGUGCUUCACAAAUUUCUUUCAUCAUCACAAUCACCGCGCUAUCUUACUGUCAUUCUUGGCUCGCUCAUCAUUUCCCCUAUUCCUCCACCAACCUCCGCCGCUCAACGCCGCCAUGGCCUCGGUUCCCGGAAAGCUAGUCUGCGUCACAGGUGCCGGAGGCUUUGUUGCUUCUUGGCUGGUUAAACUUCUCCUUGAGAAAGGCUAUAGCGUCAGAGGCACCGUCAGAAAUCCAGAUGAUCCCAAGAAUUCACAUCUAAGGGAGCUUGAGGGAGCGGAGGAGAGAUUGAUUCUGUGCAGGGCUGAUCUUAAUGAUUAUCAGAGUUUACAGGAGGCCAUUAACGGUUGCGAUGGCGUCUUCCACACUGCAUCUCCGGUUACUGAUGAUCCAGAGGAAAUGGUGGAGCCGGCAGUGAACGGGGCCAGAAAUGUGAUACGGGCGGCAGCAGAAGCCAAGGUCAGCCGUGUGGUCUUGACCUCCUCAAUAGGUGCAAUAUACAUGGAUCCCAACAGAGACCCUGAUAAAGUUGUGGACGAGACUUGCUGGAGCGACCUUGAAUUCUGCAAAAACACCAAGAAUUGGUAUUGCUACGGCAAAGCCGUGGCUGAACAAGCAGCGUGGGAUACAGCUGAGGAGUUUGGGGUGGACUUGGUGGUGAUCAACCCGGUUUUGGUGCUUGGUCCGUUGCUUCAGCGGACUGUGAACGCCAGCGUUCUUCAUAUACUCAAGUACUUGACUGGAUCUGCAAAGACUUAUGCCAACUCCAUCCAAGCCUAUGUGCAUGUCAAGGAUGUGGCAUUGGCUCACAUACUCUUGUUUGAGGCACCGGCUGCAUCAGGGCGGCACCUCUGCGCCGAGAGCGUCCUCCACCGCAGUGAGGUGGUGGAGAUUCUGGCCAAGUUCUUCCCGGAAUAUCCUAUCCCUUCCAAGUGCUCAGAUGAAAAGAAUCCAAGAAAAAAGGCAUACAAAUUCUCAAACCAAAAGCUGAAGGAGUUGGGGUUGGAGUUCACACCCGUGAAGCAGUGUUUGUAUGAUACAGUCAAAAGCCUUGAGGAAAAAGGUCACCUUCCAAUCCCAACUCAGAAUGCUAACCCCAUUGCUAUUGGGCUUUAGGCCCAUAACUUGUACUUAAUUGCUGGCCUUUAGUGUGUUCUUCCUCGGUUUUUUCUUUUUUUAGGAGAUGGGCUAAAUAGUAAUUACACAUGAGGAAGUGCCAAGAAAUAUAUUUAAACCUAUCAUCUGAAUUUUGAAACCUAAAAACCGGAACUUUAUUCAUCCCACAAGAUAUAUUAAUGGUUUAGAAUAAAAUAUUUUACAUUUGAGGUAAUGAA